GUGGCCGGUGUCAGAGUGACUUUGGUUCUAAUCACACUCGGGAUCAGCUGCUGCCGUUGCGCCUCGAAGCGGGGAUGUGAAUGUUGGACGUGAAGUCUUAUUACAAAGAAAUAUCUACGUCUUUACGAAUCAGCGGAAAUGUACAACAACAUGCUGGAGGAUUUCGAUGAGGACCCAUUCUUUUCGGAUUCAUUCCGUGCUCAUAGAGAGCACAUGAGGCAGAUGAUGCGCAGUUUCUCCGAACCAUUUGGUUUCCCCUUUAGCACAAGCAUCACAGAUGGGAGAAACCGUGGCCGCGACAUGGCCGAACAUCCAAGGCCCCCUUUUGAUCGAAGAAACGAGCGUCGGGAUAUGAGCCGGUCAUUGUUGCCUUUUGGCAGCACUGGCAGCACGGACAUGAUGCAGAACCAUUUCAGCAUGUUUGACAACGUGAUGUCCAACAUGAGAAAAAGCAUGGAAGAAAUGAACAGAGACUUUGACGUGUCACCAGAUGCAAAUGCCCACUCAUACAGGUCAUCAUCGGUAAUGUCAUAUUCAAAAGUUGGAGAUGAGCCUCCAAAGGUGUUCCAGGCAACUACGUCGACUCGCUGUGCCCCAGGAGGAAUAAAGGAGACACGCCAAGCUUUUAAAGACUCCGACAGCGGUCUGGAGAAGAUGAAAAUUGGACACCAAAUCAAGGACAGACGGCAUGUUGUUGAGAAGAGACAUAACAAGCAAACUGGAGAGGAAGAGAUUAAACAGGAUUUCGUGAAUAUGGAUGAAUCUGAAGCAAAUUCUUUUGAUGAUGAAUGGCAGCGGAAGGUAUCCAGGCUUCUGUCACCAGACCCCAUGCCUGGCCCAACACAACGUCAGCUUGGUAGUCCUGAGCAUCCCCGUAGAGGUCAUCGAAAGAAAAAGGCUGGGCAUAAAGGCUCAGGCAACACCAACGAGUACAAAUAUUGAUGCCUCUAUCUUUACGUCUAAUUAAAGCCAUUUACACAUCUCACAGUUCAAAGUGGUGCCUUCCUCCCACUCCAGAAACACACACCACAUGAAACAGAGAAAGAAUCUAUUGCAGUUGGACACAAAAUAUUACGUCACACAUAUCUGUUCUUUGAUGCACACACCGUAGUGUAUGUUGCAGUUUCCUUGUUCCAUCACAUCUGGUUUAAACUGAUGAAUAAUUAUCAAGCCUCUGAAAGGCUGGAUGUCAGUCUAUAGAGCUUCUUUUCAGGUACAACUGAAACAGUAAUAUGACUACAGGAUCACUAACUAAGCAGAUCAGAGUACCAUACUUUGAGUUCCUGUUUAGUUCCAAGCCACAAAGCAAAAUAAAUCAACAGACACUCUGAUGGAAGUAAAGGACUGCAUUUAUACCCGAGUGAUAUUAUUUUGAAGGUUUUUUUUGUUUUGUUUUGGGGUUUUUUUAUAAAGAAGAAAUUUAAAAACUGCAGCCUUAUGGUGUGUCACCAGCAUUUUUAUCAGGAAAUCUGAAAAAUAGAAUUUUACACAUCAUGUAAACAUCUUGGUAGCUUAUAAAAAGGUAACAAUGUUCAUACAUUCUUUGUUGUAAAAUAAAGCAAUGCACAUAGAAUAUAUCCGGUUUUGUUUCUAUUUAGCAUCUGUUUUAAAUACUGAAAUCUUUGUACAAACACACUUGCCCUUAAUCUUUUUAUAUUGUUUGUUCUUACUUGUUGAACUUUGUGCUUUAUUGCGAAGUGUAGACGAGGGAUUACUCUCACUAAAUGAUUUAUUCUUGUAUGUUUUGUGUUAAAAGUGAGGUCUGCCAGUUCAGGAUGUCUGAAAAUAAAGUUGCGUGAAUGAACCUGA